CAGACGUGAACUUUCAUAAACAACCAGCCUGAAUGUUUGAGUCUUUUACAGUCAGUCCGGGUUUCCUCGAGUUGACACGAUGUCCUGCUGGUUUCUGUUCCUGUUGGUGGCAUGUGCUGUGGUCGGAGCUCAGAUUCUUAUCAUCGAAAAUGAAGAUGGUCUGCUUUUAAAUCCAGAGAAAACAACAGUAGACGACAUGAGAAUCCUGCUGCUACAGCUGAAAGCCAGAGUGGAGACCCUGGAGAAACAGCUUGAAGACAGAGAUAAAGGCCAGGUGGCGUUUUCGGCCUCCCUCUUCACUACUGAGGAUUGGACCCAUCAUGGGCCUUUUAACACUGAGACCACGCUGGUGUUCAGGAAGGUGAUGACAAACAUCGGAAAUGGUUACAACCCGAACACGGGCAUCUUCACAGCCCCUGUGAAGGGGCUCUACUACAUCCGGUUCACGGGCUGUGUUGGCUCCUCGGGGGCCAUGAACACAGCGCUGAUAAAGAACGGUCAGAACAUGUUUGCCAUCUACGACUCCAGGGGCACCCAUGGCAGCGCCUCCAAUGGCAUGACGAUGGUCCUGGAGCCGGGAGACCAGCUCUCCAUCACCCUGUGGCCCGGGAAGAGCAUCUUUGAUCAGAGUCGGCUCAGCACCUUCAGUGGCUUUCUCAUCUUCCCAAUGUAGGUGGAGACCAAGACACCCAUGAACACCAUGGAAAUGGUGGAGAAGGGCGUCCAGAUCAAGGUCCUGAACCCACAAACCCAUCUGGACACUCUGUGAAACACAUAAUAUCUCCUGUACAAAACAUUCACAGAUAAACAUCAGAAGGAUUAAAAGGCAGGUCAGCGGAACCGAAUGGGAAAACAAAAACAGUAAACUUCAAAACACAUUUCGAAACACUGAGUGAAUGAUUUUACAAAGCCUCGUAUCAAAGUUAGACUUUAAGGUCUUUAUUGAAUAAGAUAAACCAAAGACUGGUUUUGUUGAAAUGUUUUGCAGGAAACAUCAGGUCUGACACCCUCAGACCAAUUAAAGUUUGUUUCAUGAA